GAUCAGCUCUCUCUUCUCUACUCAAUUUUCAAUAUUUCUCAAGUAUUAACCACUACAAUGGACCACAGAUGUGAAUCUUCCGAGACUCUCAGGAACAAGUGUGCAGCAUGCUAUAGGCAAUUCAACAAAAUGGAGCACCUAGUUGACCACAUGAGGACAUCCUAUCAUUCAGUUCAUGAACCCAUGUGUGGGAUUUGCAGAAAGCACUGUCGAUCUUUUGAAUCUUUGAGAGAGCAUCUCAUUGGGCCAUUGCCAAAGGCCGACUGUGAGAAGAUUUUCAAGGAGCGAGGAUGUGACAUUUGUUUGACAAUCCUUAGUAGCCGGAGUGCACUUAGGGCUCACAAGGAAUCAUGUCAACUCUCACGUUCAAAUAAUGGUGUGCUCUAUCGCAUGGCUAAGUUGGGCAUUCAAGAUGACCUAAGGAUUGAAAAUAGCCGUGGAAGAGUUGUUGCUCUUGCCUGCAAAAUGGUUGGCGGUGGUUCCGAUGGCUCUCUUGACCUUUGUGCUAGAGUUUGCCUCAUUGAUGAACAUGAAAGGAUCCUCUUUCACUCCUACGUCGCACCAAAGCUUUCUGUCACUAACUAUAGGUAUGAAAUAACGGGGAUAAGGCCAGAACAUUUGAGGGAUGCAGUGCCACUGAAGCAAGUAUCAAGAAAGAUUCAAGAAUAUCUUUGUAAUGGGGAACCUAUUUGGCAAAUUCGUUCUAGAAGUGGAAGGGCUAGGAUCCUUGUUGGACAUGGUUUGGGUCAUGAUCUUAAAUGUUUAGACCUGGACUACCCACCAUUAAUGAUCAGGGAUACUGCAAUAUACCCUCCACUGAUGAAAACAAGCAAGAUCAGCAACUCACUCAAGCACUUGACUAAAGCUUAUCUUGGGUAUGAGAUUCAGACAGGAGUGCAAGAUCCGUAUGAUGACUGUGUAGCAACAAUGAAGCUGUACAUGAGAAUGAAAUCACAAGCUCACAAAAGGGAGGAGUAUCCACUUGCCACUGACCCACAAAAUCGUAAUAAUUUUGCGUCGUGGAAGCAAAGCGAGCUUGAGAGGAUGACACCUCAAAAAAUGCUGGAAAUCUCACGAUCUGAUUAUUACUGCUGGUGUUUGGAUAACUAAGAAAUUCAAGUGGAACUAUGAUACGAUAUUGAUGUCUGAUGAUUCAUUCUAGAGGCAAAGGUGGAAAAUAAAACAACAGUAGCAACAGAAUUCAGUAGACUUACAAAACUGCACGUAGAAACUAUUUAUGCGACUCUCUAUUAGAUAUUGAGAAUUUCAAAUGAUAAGAACACAUUUACUACUUACUUAAACAGCACAUCACUUAUUUCAUAAUGUAUUUUUUUUUUUUUUGCUACUAGUAUUAUUUAAUAAAACUUUCUUGUAGUG